UUUGCACCGAGAAGGAAGAGUGCUUUACAAGUUAAAAUACAAUGGGGACAUAGUGUAUUUCUUUCCACUGUGGGAGCUGGAGGAGGGAAUGAUAUUCAGUGGUGUUUUUCUCAGGUGAAAGCAGCAGUAGAUGAUGAUGUAGCAGAAGCAGAUAUAAUUUCUACAGUAGAAUUUAAUCAUUCUGGAGAGUUACUAGCAACCAGAGAUAAAGGUGGUAGAGUUGUCAUCUUUCAGCAGGAGCAGGAGAACAAAAUCCAGUCUCAUAGCAGAGGAGAAUAUAAUGUUUACAGCACCUUUCAGAGCCAUGAACCAGAGUUUGACUACUUGAAAAGUUUAGAAAUAGAAGAAAAGAUCAACAAAAUUAGGUGGUUGCCCCAGAAAAAUGCUGCUCAGUUUUUAUUGUCUACCAACAAUAAAACAAUAAAGUUAUGGAAAAUCAGUGAAAGGGACAAAAGACCGGAAGUGUAUAACUUGAAAGAGGAAGAUGGAAGGUAUAGAGAUCCUACUACAGUCACUACACUACGUGUGCCAGUCUUUCGGCCCAUGGAUCUAAUGGUUGAGGCCAGUCCACGAAGAAUAUUUGCCAAUGCUCAUACAUAUCACAUCAACUCAAUUUCUAUUAAUAGUGAUUAUGAAACGUAUUUAUCUGCAGAUGAUUUGCGGAUUAAUCUUUGGCAUCUGGAAAUAACAGACAGGAGUUUUAAUAUUGUGGAUAUCAAGCCUGCCAAUAUGGAAGAGCUGACAGAGGUGAUUACAGCUGCAGAAUUCCAUCCAAACAGCUGUAACACAUUUGUAUACAGCAGCAGUAAAGGAACAAUUUGGUUAUGUGACAUGAGGGCAUCCGCCCUCUGUGAUAGGCAUUCAAAACUGUUUGAAGAACCUGAAGAUCCCAGUAACAGGUCUUUUUUUUCUGAAAUCAUCUCUUCAAUUUCUGAUGUAAAAUUCAGCCAUAGUGGUCGAUAUAUGAUGACUAGAGACUAUUUGUCAGUCAAAAUUUGGGACUUAAAUAUGGAAAACAGGCCUGUGGAAACAUACCAGGUGCAUGAAUACCUCAGAAGUAAACUUUGUUCACUGUAUGAAAAUGACUGCAUAUUUGACAAAUUUGAAUGUUGUUGGAAUGGAUCUGACAGUGUUGUCAUGACUGGAUCUUACAAUAAUUUCUUCAGGAUGUUUGACCGGAACACAAAGCAAGACAUAACCCUGGAAGCAUCACGAGAAAACAAUAAACCUCGCACGGUUCUGAAGCCAUGCAAAGUGUGUGCAAGUGGCAAGCGAAAGAAAGAUGAAAUCAAUGUUGACAGCCUAGACUUCAACAAGAAAAUACUUCACACAGCCUGGCACCCCAAGGAAAAUAUCAUUGCUGUAGCUACUACAAACAAUCUGUAUAUAUUUCAAGACAAAAUGAAUUAGGGUUGGCCUUCCUAGCAGAAGAACCCACUUCCUGCUUAGUUGAGAUAGUUGAAUCUAGCAUUCGUACUUAAAAAAAGAGAGAGGUCCAUUGUGGCACCCCUUUUCCAGUGUUUGACAAUGUGCCAUUCGACAACACAUUUUCCAUAGCUACAUGGAGAAAGCUCUGUGGAUCCCUCCCUGUGGUGUUCUCCAUGUCUGCUAGCCAUUUAGGUAAGGGUAGGGCACUUUUAAUUUAAAUGACUUCUUGCACCAUCUUGCCUAAUGGACUAGAUUGGACUGUGUCAACAUUGAUUUACUCCACUUUUUAUGCCUUCCAUUGUGAUGACGUCAAAAACAGUGAAAGCCUUCAGUCAUGCUUAUGGGAUUUAAUUGUGUAUCCUCAUUACUGUAUCAUUUGUGGGGUACACCCCUCCUCCCCUUUUUUAAAUUAAAUACAGCUCAUUCUUACUGUGGCUUGUAGCAUUCCUCCUCUCUGGCCUCCUGGACUCUUCCCCUUCAUCUCUCUUCCCCUUGCCCCUCCACCCAGUCUUGGUGGUGGUAUAAAAAGGAAAGAAUGAAAGCACACAAACGAGUCAGUUUGGGGUCAGUGGUAAAGGGGGUACAUGUUGCGAACAAAUGUUUUAAUAACAGUUGGCUGUAAUCACUCCUUGCCGUGUCUGGCACUGAAAAUAAGGAAAAA